AUGGAGGCGGUGCAGGCUCCUCAGCCAGCUCCAGAGCUGAGCGCUCUCGUCGCGCAUAAUGCCACCACCUCGAGACAGCUCUACGCAGGCGCGCAACCGGCGCCAGACUCGACCAACGCCAACAAGCGACAAAAGCUCGAGACCGAGUUCGCAGACCCCAUAAUGAAUCGUCGUUUCCAAUCCGAGUAUGCGGCCGUCAAGACUCUACCCCCGUCCAUUGCUGCCAAGCAGCCUGGUCCCAAAUCUGGGAAGAAGAGCGCGAAACAGACUGGUGUUGUGGCCCGCCGCCCAGCCCAGAAGCUUCUCGAGGGAGCCCCUGGGAGCACGGCUUCGCCCUCGACGUCGUCAGAAACGAAGGCAGACACUGGUGCUGCUCGUGCAGACUCGACAGAGGUCACGAGCCUGAUUACUACAAGAGGAGGCAUCUCACUCCAACAAACCAAGCCCGAAUGGCACCCCCCGUGGAAGCUCAUGCGCGUCAUCUCCGGCCAUCUUGGCUGGGUUCGAGCUCUCGCUGUCGAGCCUGGGAACAAAUGGUUCGCGAGCGGUGCUGGCGACCGUACAAUCAAGAUUUGGGAUCUGGCAACGGGCUCGCUGAAACUAACCUUGACGGGCCAUAUCAGCACGGUCCGUGGCCUCGCAGUCUCGCCUCGACACCCUUACCUUUUCUCCUGCGGUGAGGACAAGAUGGUGAAAUGUUGGGAUCUCGAAACGAACAAGGUUAUCAGGCACUAUCACGGCCACUUGAGUGGUGUCUAUACCCUCGCUCUUCACCCAACACUCGAUGUGCUUGUGACAGGUGGUCGUGAUGGUGUCGCACGAGUAUGGGAUAUGAGGACGAGAAGCAAUAUCCAUGUCCUGUCAGGCCAUACCCAAACUGUCGCCGAUUUGGUAUGUCAAGAAGCGGACCCUCAGGUCAUUACAGGCUCGCUCGAUUCCACUGUACGGAUGUGGGAUCUCGCUGCUGGCAAGACAAUGGGCGUUCUCACGCAUCACAAGAAGGGCGUUCGUGCCCUGGCUACCCACCCAACUGAGUUCACAUUUGCCAGUGGCAGUACUGGCAGUAUCAAGCAAUGGAAGUGCCCGGAGGGUGCCUUCAUGCAGAAUUUCGAGGGCCACAAUGCCAUCAUCAACUCGCUAAGUGUCAACCAGAACGAUGUUCUUUUCUCUGGAGGCGACAAUGGUUCUAUGAGCUUCUGGGACUGGAAGACGGGCCACCGAUUCCAAUCUCUAGAUACCACUGCCCAGCCUGGCUCCCUUGAUGCCGAGGCAGGUAUCAUGAGCUCUAUGUUCGAUCGUUCUGGCCUGCGCUUAAUCUGUGGCGAGGCUGAUAAGACCAUCAAAAUCUGGAAGCAGGAUGAGAAUGCCUCCCCAGAGACUCAUCCUAUUCAAUGGAACCCAACUUUAAGAAGUCGUAAAUUCUAG